UCAAGAUGCUUCUGGCCACAGUCCUUACCUCUGCCCUGCUCCUGUGCUCCGUGGCAGGCCGGGGGUGUCCAGCCUCGACGGGGAUCGUCAGGGACAUCAACUUUCUCAUCAACAAGAUGCAGGAAGAUGCAGCUUCGAAGUGCCACUGCAGUGCUAAUGUGACCAGUUGUCUCUGUCUGCCCAUUCCUUCUGACAACUGCCCUGGACCAUGCUUCAGGGAGGGACUGUCUCAGAUGACCAAUACCACAGUGCAAACAAGACACCCGCUGAUUUUCAAUCGGGUGAAAAAAUCGGUUGAAGUACUAAAGAACAACAAGUGUCCCAAUUUUUCCUGUGAACAGCCAUGCAACCAAACCAUGGCAGGCAACACGCUGACGUUUCUGAAGAGUCUCCUGGAAGUUUUCCAGAAAGAAAAUAUGAGAGGGAUGGGAGGCAAAAUAUGAAGAUGAAAUAUUAUUUAUCCUAUUUAUUAAAUUUAAAAUGCUUUCUCUUUAAGUUGCUACAAUUAAAAAAUCAAGUAAGCUACUCUAAAUCAAUAUCAGUUGUGAUUAUGUGUUUAAAAUUGCAUGUCGUUAUUUCGAAAUAAAU